UGUGGGCAGUUUUUAGGCUGUGCGUGUCCCUGCAGGGAUGGGCUACCUGAAGCUGCUGGUGAUGAAGGACUUCAAGUCCUGGCGGGGGGAGCAGGUCAUCGGCCCCUUCAUGAGGUUCAACUGCAUCAUUGGGCCCAACGGAGCAGGGAAAUCUAACAUAAUGGAUGCUGUUAGUUUUGUGAUGUGUGAAAAGAUAUCUAACUUGCGAGUUAAAAGUGUUCGAGAACUUAUUCAUGGAGCACAUGUUGGAAAACCAGUUUCUUCUACAGCAAGCGUAAAGAUAGUAUAUUGUGAAGAAGAUGGGGAAGAAAAAACAUUUUCAAGAGUUAUCCAUGAUAGUUGUUCUGAAUUUAUUUUCAAUGAUAAAACAGUCACCCGAUCUACUUACAUAUCUGAGCUUGAAAAAAUAGGCAUACUUGUCAAAGCUAGGAAUUGUCUUAUUUUUCAGGGAACAGUAGAAUUGAUUGCAAUGAAGAAGCCAAAGGAAAGAACUAAACUUUUUGAACAAAUCAGUAAUUCAUGGCAAUAUGCUGAGGAAUAUGAAAGAAAAAAGAAAAAAAUGGAGCAAGCGGAAGAGGAUGCACACUUCAAUUAUAACAAGAAAAAAAGUGUUGCAGCAGAACGCAAACAAGCAAAGAUGGAAAAAGAGGAGGCAGAUCAUUACCAGAUGCUCAUCAAGGAAAUGCAUGAAAACAGGAUACAGCUACAGCUUUUCCAGCUUUAUCACAAUGAAAAAAACAUUGACUUUCUGAAAAAAAGUUUGGAUGAAAAGAAUAUGGAGGCCAGUAUCAAGAAAGAUUCCCUUGCUACAGCAGAAGGUGAAUUUAGAGCCAAGAAAAAAGCGCUUGGUGUACUAAAUAGAGACCAACAGCACAUGGAGGGAGAAAUGAAGACUCUUCAAGUAUCACUGGUUCAGCAUAGAGCCCUCUAUAUAAAAGCAAAAGAAAACACUUCCUACCAAAUCAAGAAAGUAGAAAUGUCUCAUAAAUCUCUGAAGAACAAGGAGAAAUACUGUGAUAAGGAAAAGCAGAACAUAAAAGACCUGGAGAUAGAACUGUAUGAAACUGAGAAGGCAUGGAGAGAAUUUGAAAAGAAAACUAAAGAGGAGAUAAUGCAAAGAGCAGCAGAUAUUGAGCUGAGAGAAAGUCAGUUGGAGCACUAUAAAGAGCUAAAGGAAAUAGCAAGAAGGAAAGUGGCUACGCAAACCCAGCAGCUAGAAAAACUUCAGUGGGAGCAAAAAGCAGAUCAAGAAAGGAUGAAACUUAAUAGGAGUAAGAAAAAAGAAGUUGAGGAAAACAUUAAACAGACUGGGGAACGGAUAGAAGAGCAUAAAAGACGAAUAGAGAAGUUGGAAGAGUAUACCAAGAUAUGCACUGAGUCAUUGGCAGAGAAAAAACAUCAGGAAGAAACGCUUACUAAGGAAAUAGAAAAUUCAAGAAUACGAAUGGCUGAAGUGAAUGAAGAAUUGAACAAAAUAGUUGGUGAACUGCAGAAUGCCAAAAUAGAUUGCCACGAAGGAAAGCGUCAGCAAAUGAGAGCAGAGAUCCUGGAAAGUCUCAGAAGACUGUAUCCAGAUUCUGUGUUUGGAAGACUGCUUGACUUGUGCCACCCUAUUCAUAAAAAAUACCAGCUUGCUGUUACCAAAGUGUUCAGCAAAUACAUGACUGCUAUUGUUGUUGCCACGGAAAAAACAGCAAGAGAUUGCAUUCAGUUCCUAAAACAAGAACGAGCUGAACCCGAAACUUUUCUUGCUUUGGAUUACCUUGAUGUUAAGCCAAUUAAUGAGAAGUUAAGAGAGAUAAAAGAAGCUAAAAUGCUGGUGGAUGUUGUACAAACUCCAUUUGCUCUACUGAAAAAAGUAAUUCAGUUUGUGAGUGGGAAUGGCUUGGUUUGUGAAACAGUUAAAGAAGCAAGACAAAUAGCAUUUGAUGGACCAGUGAGGUUGAAAACAGUGGCACUUGAUGGAACUUUAUUUUUGAAAUCUGGGGUGAUUUCUGGAGGAUCAAGCGAUUUAAGAUUUAAAGCCAGAUGUUGGGAUGAUAAAGAAAUGAAUAAAGUGAAAGAAAGAAGAGAUAGCUUGAUUAAUGAGUUAAAGGACUUAAUGAGGAUCAAACGUAAGGAGACUGAUUUGAAGCAGUUGCAUGCUCAAUGUCAUGGAACUCAGACACGACUUAAAUAUUCUCAGAGUGAAUUAGACCUUAUUAAAAAUAAACAUCUUGCUAAUCUCUACAUGGAGAAAUCAAAGCUGGAAAGUGAACUAGUAAAUACUAAGUCUCAGCAUGAUAUGAUAAAUGAAGGAGUACUACAGAGAGAAUUAAAAAUAGAUGAAUUUCAGAGGAAAAUCAAUGAGACUGAAGAUGCUGUUUUCAAGGAAUUCUGUGAAGAAAUUGGCAUAGAAAACAUACGUGUGUAUGAACAAGAACACGUGAGACAGCAAGAGGAGAUUGAUAGAAGAAGACUGGAGUUUGAAAAUCAGAAGACACGACUACAUGUUCAGCUGGAAUAUAAUCGUGAUCAUCUACAGAAAUUAAUAGACAAAGUCAGCAAGUUGAGGGAAACAACUCAAAAAGAUGAAUUGGGGAUUACUGGGCUACUUAAGGAUGAGGAAAAGCAUCUAAAAAGGGUGAACGAAAUUGAGGAGGAGGAGCAACGUCUUAAGGAUACAUUAAGUGCUCAUAAAUCUGAGAUUAUGAAAACCCAAAGUGAAGUCGAAGAGGUCAGAAAGAAGUUGUUAACUCUUAAUAGGGAAGCUGCAAAAUUACAAAAGGAAGCUGCAGCUAUAGAAACCUCAUUGGAAGAUAAAAGAUUAAGAAGGCAUAAUAUGCUUCUUGAGUGCAAGGUGCAGGACUUCAAAAUAAAUCUCCUAUUUGGAUCACUGGAUGAUAUCAGUGCAGUAGAGCUAGGAACUGAAACAGAAGGCACUCAGACUACAACUAUCUAUGAGAGGGAAGAGGUAAUUAAGAUUGACUACAGUGGCCUAGCAAAUGACCUGAAGGACCUGGAGUCUGAUGAAGAGGUAGAGGCUCAUCUGAACCAGAUGCAGCAGGAAAUAAAAUCUAAAGAGAAUACUUUAAUGAAGACAGCUGCUCCAAACCUGAGAGCAUUGGAGAAAUUACAGAUAGCUCGGGACAAGUUUCAACAAUCAAUGGAUGCUUUUGAGACUAGCAGAAAGGAGGCCAGAAUAUCCAAGCAAGAAUUUGAACAGGUGAAAAAAAGGAGAUACGAGGUUUUUAGCCAGUGCUUUGAGCAUGCCUCCGUAGCUAUUGAUCAGAUCUACAAAAAACUUUGCAGAAACAGUAGUGCUCAGGCAUUCCUUAGUCCUGAAAAUCCUGAGGAGCCUUAUCUGGAAGGCAUUGGCUUUAAUUGCGUGGUUCCAGGAAAGCGCUUUAUGCCAAUGGACAGUCUAUCUGGAGGAGAAAAAACUGUGGCAGCUCUGGCUCUAAUAUUUGCUAUACACAGUUUUCGGCCAGCACCUUUUUUUAUUUUAGAUGAGAUAGAUGCUGCCCUGGAUAACACAAACAUUGAUAAGGUAUCAAGUUUCAUUAAGGAGCAGGCACAUGAACAGUUUCAGAUGAUAGUUAUUUCUCUGAAGGAAGAGUUUUAUUCCAAAGCAGAUGCAUUGAUUGGAGUGUGUCCAGAGCAUGAUAAUGGUAUGUUCAGUCAGGUACUGACUUUGGAUCUUACUGAGUAUCCAGAUGAACAAGAAGAAAUGGAGAAAUAUGUACACAGUUCUUUAUAAGAAUAAAACAUGGAUAACUUCAGGGCCAGGUGACAAGGAGAAACACGUUUACAGCUGACUGUUAAAAUCUAAAAGUGGGUAUUAAAGGUCCAUAGAUAAAUGUUUACAUUUAAAAAAAAAAUCUAAAACUUUGAGGGAGUUACUCACUGAUACAGUUUGUUAACAAGAGAGAGACAGAGGUUUUUAUUGUGUGUAUUAUUCUGGUAAGCAAAGCCUUUUCCUCAAAGGUAUUUUUUUUUUUCCUGUCUUAAGAUGAAGGAUUAUGGGUUCACAUAAGCACACUGCAUUACAGAGAGUAAGACUCUUUUUUUUAUGAGAAGAAAUGUGUUUAGAUUUAUUUCCAGUGUAUGUUAAACACUGGCCUUGUCAAGACCUUUACAGGUCUUUGUGUUGCAGGUGCAUCUGUUUGCUUUCAGAUGGGAUUAUUUCCAGUAUCUUGAUAUUUUAAAAAACAGGAAUAUAGCCAUUGUCUUGCAUGACUUGUGUGAUGCCUUUGAUACUUCAGCUGUCCAUUGAUACCUUAUGAAAAUAGUGAGCUUUACAAAAGCUUACAUCUCUAGAGGUUUAAUAUGACCUGGAAAAAAAUUCCAAGGUAUUGCACCCUAUACACAACUGGGAAGAAUAAAACAGGUAUGAGGCAGCUGCCAAAGAGGUAGCAGCCUUAGGAAAAAAAAAAAAAAAUCUGCUAUUAUUUUGCAGUUAAGCUGACAGCUAUGUGUUAUAUAUCUAUCCCACUGCCAUCAAUGUUGCUGGCUGUGCUUUGUCUAAGAAACACCAAUUAUAAAGUUGGUUACAGAACAGUAGUUGAGAGCUAGAAUCAAUUUCUCUGGCCUGUGUUUUACUUUAGUGCAUACUGAAGACCUUUAUUUGGCUUAGGCUUGUUCCUAAUGAUAUCUUGUGUUCAUAUACCAACAUCCUGUAGUACACCAUACUUAUUACACACUUAUACCUUGUAAUGUCUUGCUUCUACAAUGCUUGUUGCACACAAUUAACACUGGACAGUUGA